AUAGAUAUUCCCACUGCUGCUCAUUGCGAUUGUUAUGUCGAAAAUUAUCUUCUAUUGUGAUAAAUCUUUAUUUUUGUUGAAUGGUGCAUUGUGGAAAAUACAUAUGAGCGGUCGAGGAAUAUGUCAAGUUUGAAAAUUGCAUUGCAGCUAUGCAAAUUGUUGUAGCAUAGAUGCAUGUAUAUCAGCUAGCACUAGUUAUUUGUGCUUGUUGUCAUGUUGGAAACCAGAUCUAUACGUGGAAUGCCGGAGCACUCUUGGAAUAACUACGGAGCAAGAAUUUCUCCUCAUCCAAUGGCUACACCGGUCAGACACGGCAAAAGUGGACAAGACGAUAUCUGUUACGUAGUUGCAAAGUACGAUUAUGAACACCAAGGGCCACAGGAAUUGGAUCUUAAGAAGAACGAAAGAUACAUACUUUUAGACGAUUCCAAACAUUGGUGGAAAGUACAAAAUUCAAGAGGACAAGGUGGUUAUGUGCCAAGUAAUUACGUGAAAAAGGAAAAGCCCUCAUUAUUUGAUAGCAUCAAGAAAAAGGUUAAGAAAGGCUCCGGUUCCAAAACUCUUCCAUCGAACAAUUCACCUUCCCGUACAGUAGAAUCUCCUAAUAUGGCCAGACGUCUACCGGCAGAUCCUUCUGAAGCUAUAGGAGUCGCCAUUGUCAAAUAUAAUUAUCAAGCUCAACAGCCGGACGAAUUGUCGUUAGUUAAAGGUUCUAGGAUACUUAUUUUAGAAAAGAGCAACGAUGGGUGGUGGAGGGGUCAAAGUAGCAACAUAUCCGGAUGGUUUCCAUCGAAUUAUACCCAAGAAGAAGGCGAUAUCGACGAUACUGUCCACACUUACGCUAUGGCGGAGAAUGUAUUAGAUAUCGUAGUGGCUUUGUAUUCAUUUUCUUCUUCGAACGAACAAGAAUUAUCGUUCGAAAAAGGUGAUCGAUUGGAAAUAUUAGAUAGACCAGCCAGCGAUCCGGAAUGGUACAAAGCUAGGAAUUCGCAAGGACAAAUCGGUUUGGUUCCUAGAAAUUAUUUACAAGAAUUGAACGAUUAUCUCGACCGUCCUUUGCAAGAAAGAAACAGACCCAACACAAUGGAAACCUCCAUGGAACGAUCUCAAGUAUCCAUCACGGAUAAACCACAUUUAAUCGACAAACCCUGGUAUUAUGGUAACAUCACUAGAUACGUUUGCGAUAAUUUAUUGAAUCAGCAUGGACACGACGGAGAUUUCCUCAUAAGGGACAGCGAAACGAAUAUGGGCGAUUAUUCGGUGUCUUUGAAAGCUCCGGGUAGAAAUAAACAUUUCCGGGUUCACGUUGAGGGCGCCCUUUAUUGCAUAGGACAACGAAAAUUCCAUACUUUGGAUCAAUUGGUGGAUCAUUAUCAAAGGGCUCCGAUUUACACGAACAAACAAGGUGAAAAACUUUAUUUGGUACGUCCUUUGCCGAAGACAAAAUAACCGGCUUAAAGGGCGGAAUUUGAUGAACGAACUAUGAGGGAAAACAAAAUUGUGCUAUCAGUGUGAGUGUUUGGUUUUGUUUUUGUUUGUUUUGGUUUUUUUUUUCGUUUUUUUUAUAGGUAAAAUGGUCGUUAAAAAAAAUUUGAGAAAUUGGAUUUAAUAUGCUGAUAAACUAUUUUUAAUAAAUUUGAAUUAUUUGUUUAUUCGAAUUGAAAACCGGAAAAUAUAGAGUUGAAAGAUUUUGAAAAUUCGGUCUAGAAUUCUUCAAAAAAUGAAAAAUUUUAAUGAAAAAACAUUUUUGUAGUAUACAUUUAUUAAAUAUUUUAAUUUAAAGUCAAAUAUUAAUCGGUAUAAACAGGGUGGCUCGAUAAAAGCAAAAAAUAGAAAUAAAGAUUCAUCUGGAUGAUAGUUUUUUUAAUGGGAAAGGGUUGGAGAAAAAAAUUUUUUUACAUGAUUUUCAUAAAACUAUUGAUAAAUGAACACUUUUGAAAAAAAUCUUGACAAAAAAUUGGAAAGUUUUGUAGAAAAAUCCCACUUUUUGUGGCCCAAUCUUCAUUUUUCAAAUUAAAGCUAAAAACAUCCCUUUUAAGGGUAAAUUUUUUGAAUAUAGUAAGCACGUUACAUAAAAUAAUAUUUUUAAAGUCAAAUUGUAACCCAUACAUUACAGGGUGGCUCGAUAUAUGUAAAAAAUAAAUAAUUAAAGAGUCCGAACAAUUCGAAGUGAAAUGAUAUUUCCUUUUAAAUUGAAAAGUGUUGGGAAAAAAAAUUUUUUCUACAUAAUUUUCAUAAAACUAUUGAUAAACAAACAAUUUCGAAAAAAAUGGAAAAUUUCAAAGAAAAGUUUCACUUUUUGUGGUCCAAUCUCUCCAAUAUGUCUUUAAGGAUAAAUUUUGGGUGUACAGCAAAUACGUUACAUGAAAUAAUAUAUUUAUAGUCAUAUAUAUAUAGGGUAGCUCAACUUUGUGUUGUCAAAUUUUCAUUUUUCGAUUUAAUGCUAAAAACGUUUCGAAUUUCACCCGUAAACGAUUAUAAAACGGUCUUGACCUCAUAAAUAAAUUCAAAGUUUUCAUUUUUAUUAAUAAACAUUUCUAAUAUAACCUGUAAAAAACGUAAAUUUAUCGUAGUCUCGCAAAUAAAUACAAAAUUUGAUGUUUUGAGUAAUAAACAUUUCUAAAGUCCCUCGUAUAAUAUAGAAAUCCAUCAUGGCGUCGCUAUUGAGAAUAAAAUUUGAUAUUUCAAUAAUAAAUAUUUCGAUUAGUUUAAUAAUCGGUGAUAGAUGGAGUUACCCGUCAUUAUAUUGUGGUUGGAACCGUUAGAUGGCGUGUGGCUGUUUACCCGUUAUAAUAUUUUAUGUAAACUACUGCUGAUUUGGCGAUUUUUUUGUACUUUCCAUUUUGAUUAUUAUGAUAAUUCUUCAAAAUUAAAUAUAUAUUUUGCUCAUUUUUCAUGUGUUUAUAAUUAUUUAAAUUUAUUUUGUCCAAACGAACGAGAUUUGCCCGUAUUUUUCGUCGUUGUUAAUACUAUAUUAUACGACAUCAAAAAUUACAAAUUUUUGAUUUAUUUUAUUUUUUUUUGUAAAUAUUUUGACAAUCCAUUUUACCUAUUUAAUAAAACGCAAAUCCAUGUAUAUCUGGUCAUAAUUUUAUACAUAUAUUUAUAUAUAUUUUGUUGGUUUCUUAUUUUUUUUGUAUAUACGAUUUAAGUUAUUUGAAAAAUUUAGAAUAAGUAUAAAGAGGCACAAGUAAAUUUUUCAUUUAAACGUCCUAUAUAAAUAUCAUUUAAAUUCUAGUACAAAAUUAUGCCAAAAAAACAAAAUUUUGUACAUUCAAUAUUUUUUUUAAUAAUUUUCGAAAAAUGCUUCCAUUUUUGAACAAAUUUAUUUUUUUUUAUUCGUAUUGAGCAUCUCAGGAUCAAUUAUUUGUCUUAUACUAUUGACUGCGACUUUUUUUCACUUUUCUUACUAUUACGUCGAAAUCAUUGGCAACACUGCAAUAAAAAUUUCGUACAAAUAUCUCAAAUAUUCUAGUAGAAUUAUUAAUCGAAUAAUUUAUUGAUAUUUAACGACAAUAAAUUAAAAUAAAUAAUCUUGUAACUAACACCUUCUAUGGAAGACAUUUUUACUAUUACAAUGUUGCCAAUUGCUCGGACAUAAUCGUUUUUUUAUUGUCAUAUAUUUUGAAAAUCAACGUUUUUCUUUUUUGAUGAAACACCCUGUAUAAAAUUUUCCGAGGACUAUUUACUGUGCGUUUAGAUAAUAUUGUAUCGAAAUUUUUUUUUCAUUGUGGUAGCUGAAUUUAAUUUUCCUUUUUCCCAAAUAUAUUUUGGGAAGGUGGGCAUUUUAAUUUUGUUUUUUUUUUAUAUGGAAGCGAAAAAAAUACUCAUUAAAUUUAAUAUGAAACGUAGCGUUGCCUAAAAGUUUCCUUAUAGGAAAAAAAUUUAAUUUCAAAACGAAUGAUCAAUCGGAAUAGAAAAAAAUAAAAGGUAUGAUAGGAAAAAAAUUUUGUCGUUACUAACAAUCGCAAUUUUCUUAUUCGAAACAAAAACAUUCCGAAUUUACCCCGUAAAACACGUAAACUUAUCGCGACUUUGUAAAUGACGUUAAUUUUUGAGGUUUUAUUAAAAAACAUUUCGAAUUUCUCCUGUAAAUGGUGUAAAACACUCAUGAUCUCAUUCUUAAUAACAAUCAUUUCUAAUGUCCCCCGUAAUAGACGGAAAUUCUUUAUGGAAUUGCUAUUGAGGACAAAAUUUGAGGUUUUAAUAAUAAAUAUUUUAAAUGCCCCCGUACAAUAAGUAUGAAUACAAAAUUUGUUUGCUUCAAUAAGGAACAUUAAGAAUUUCACCCAUAAAAUACGAAAAUCCAUCAUGGCUUCGCUAUUUAGGACAAAGUUUCCAUUUUUGUCAAUAAACAUUUCAAAUUUCCCCCAUAAUAGACGGAAAUCAUGGCCUCGUAUAUGAACUUAAAGUUUUUUAUAAUAAACAUUUCUAAUAUGCCUCGUAAAAUACAGAAAUCCAUUAAACGAAUUCAAAUUUGAGGUUAUAUCGUAGCACAACAAAUAUAAUCAAAUUAAAACUUCUGAUUCGUGUAUUCUUCAUUUUUAAAUCAACUCUAUAAAUUUGGUAAAAAUUCUCUAUUAUGCUUUUCAUUUUUUUUAACGAUAAAUUUUUGAAGAGUAUCUAAAAUCUAAUAACUACAUUCGAUUAAUAGACAAAUAAAUUGACGUUUACCGAUAAAAAAGAAGAAAGUAACAAUCUAUUAAAUAUAUACACAGAUUGUUUUAAUUCGAUUUGUGAUUCUCUCGGUUCGAAUAAAUGAAUUCGAUUUUAAUAUAUUAUCCUAUUUAGAAACGAUUAAAACGAAGCAGCUCAAACGUUUUUAACAUUUUUGUUGUUAAAUAAAAAUCAUAUCAAAAGCCAAAUUAUUUUUUUUUUUUUUUCGUUUAAAACGUUCUUGAGGAAUGCUAUGAAGGUUAAGAGAUAAUUGUAGAAGCAGAGAACGAGUGUUUUUUACGAUUUUGUAAACGUUUUAAAUAAAUAAAUAUAUUAGACAUAAUAAUCAUAAGGUUCUAAAUGAAAUGGAAAUUCAUUUUUAAAUUAUAUCACCUAGAAAAGGAUGUUAUAUUUGAAAUCUCUAUUUUUAUCUUUGUCAAACGCUCCAAAUUGAUUCAAAAGUUUCUUUAGAUGUUUGGCAACAUCGCGAAAUUCUCAUUUUAUUUUUCCAUCGAAUCAUCGAAUUUUUUUUAGAGUUUAUAAAAUUGAAUAAACUAAAUUAUUACAAUGUUCCCAAACGUUUUUUUCUUCAUCAGAUUAAAAGAAAUAUUUUUUUGUUCGUAAAUAGUUUUUCUCAUGAUAUUCGAUUUUUAACAAACAAUCUGACAACACCGCCAAUGUGGUCAUUACAAUGUUGCCAAACUCAGUUUGUUUUCCUAGGAUUAAAAGAAGUUUUUUUUAAUUGAUAGUUUUUCAAAAACAAUCUGACUACACCGCCAAGUUCAUUGCAUUACACUGUCAUUUGUGUAUGGUCAUUACAAUGUUGUCAAACUUAGUUUGUUGUCCUCGGAUUAAAAGAAAUAUUUUUUUUUUCGUAAAUACUUUUUCUUAUCAUAUUCGAUUUUUAACAAACAAUCUGACUACACCGCCAAGUUCAAUACAUUACACUGUCAUUUGUGUGUGGUCAUUACAAUGUUGCCAAACUUUGUUUUCCUCGGAUUAAGAAAAAUUUCUAUAAGGAGUUUUAAAUAGGGAUAUCAAAUGAUAUUUUGGCAUCUUUUGACGGUAAAUUUUUAACUGUAUAAAUGAAAUUAGCCAAUUAUUUUUGUAAAUUUGCGAAGCAUCAUAUGAGUUUCUUUGAAAGUUUCGAAAACUGUGAUUCUUAAAUGUGUAUCGUCUUGCAUGCAUCAAAAUUUCAAAUAAUUAUUUUGGUUUCAACGAAUAGGUAAGUCUAUCAACAAUUGGCCAGUAAUCCCGAAAGAAAUAUUCAAAUAAAACAAAUUUCUAUUGUAAAUAGGAUCACUUUUGGCAAUUUUUACUAGAAAAACUAAUUUAAAAAUAAUUUAAACGUCCCUCGUAUCAAGGAAUUAUCUCUAUGUAUUGCAGGCAUACCAACUUCGUAAUAAAAAAUAAACUGGUCGUUAUAAUUUUAGACUAAUCUAUUGAAGCCGUUUAGCAUCAUCUAUUUAUUUAUUUUUUUCAUCAAUAUUAUAGUAACAUAGGACAUUUAAUAUUAAAGACGCUUUGUGACAUGAUUCUGUCCUUAAAAAUCUGAAAAACUUAAUAUUGUACAUCAAAUUGUAUGUGGAUAUUUCUCAAUAUAACUUACGAACA